AGACAAUUCUUUAGUUUUUUCCCCUCUCUCUCUCUCCGACGCUGAAAAAACACGCGUGAAAGAUCAGAUUUUUCCCCAAAUUCCACAAAACCCUAGAUUCCCCAUCUUUCAAAUUCCUCCAAUAAGAUCAACCGAUCGAAUUCCGAAGAAGAUCAAGCGUUUAAUUGAUCUCGAUCGACAUGGGUAACACCGAUAAGCUGAUGAACCAGAUAUUCGAUCUGAAAUUCACGUCGAAGUCGCUGCAGAGGCAAGCGAGGAAGUGCGAGAAGGAGGAGAAGGCCGAGAAGCUCAAGGUGAAGAAGGCCAUCGAGAAGGGCAACAUGGAUGGUGCCCGAAUCUACGCCGAGAACGCCAUCCGCAAGCGCAGCGAGCAGAUGAACUACCUCCGCCUCGCGUCGCGCCUCGACGCCGUCGUCGCUCGCCUCGACACCCAGGCCAAGAUGUCCACCAUCACCAAGUCCAUGACCAACAUCGUCAAAUCCCUCGAAUCUUCCCUCGCCACAGGCAACCUGCAGAAGAUGUCAGAGACAAUGGAUCAGUUUGAGAAACAGUUUGUGAACAUGGAGGUCCAGGCAGAGUUCAUGGAGAAUGCAAUGGCUGGGUCUACUUCGUUGUCCACUCCAGAAGGCGAGGUCAACAGCUUGAUGCAACAGGUGGCUGAUGAUUACGGUCUCGAAGUCUCUGUUGGACUUCCUCAGGCUGCUGGUCAUGCCAUCCCUACCACCUCUCAGGAGAAAGUUGACGAGGACGAUCUUACCAGGCGGCUUGCCGAGCUCAAGGCCAGAGGGUAAUAAGCUGUAACCGAGACCAAACAACUGCAUGUGGGAUUGAUUAGCUGUGGUUGUGCAUGCAUUCUUAUCAUAUCGGUAUGCUUAUGCUAUUAUCUUUCAACGUUGCCAUAUUUCUGUAAGUUGCUCUCUCUGGAGUAGGCUUUGCUUGUAUAAAACACAACUGGGUUUACAUGUUUGCACUGAUGCUUUUGCUGAUACAUUA